CGUCACUCCCGUGCGACGCACAUGUCGAGGUGAAAGUGCAAGCUGCCAUUUUUUUUCCGCACAAAUCUUCCUGACUAGUUUAGACAAGCAAAAGACAAACGGUGAGUUUCACCGUCAGCCUCCGGCGGGUUUAUUCCAUCUGUUGGAGCACUGAGUACACUUUCUGCACGGACAUUACUGCGGCUUUGUUGAUUUAAAACUCGGGUUUGAACUCGGGCUCAGCUCGGGGCUGCAGAUGGCUGCUUAGCUCUGCUAGCUAGCGUUAGCCGCGUCUGUAAACAAACAGCACAGACAGUGAAGACACGCAUGAGAGACGAGCUCACAGCCUGCAGGUUUGUUCAGCGGGUUUGAUCAGUGGUUCACUUGACAAAGAGCUAACAUAAGGUUGUAAACGGGGCGGAGGUGUGGCGGGCUGCAGGAGGCAGUCUGCUGCUGCUGCUGCUGCAUGUCUCUUAAGUUAGCGACACAACUUCAGUUUUGAUGACAGUGCGAGUUUCUCCAAACUAGGUCGGAGCUCAGUGGCUUUAGAGUCGGGUCGGGGUCAGUCGGGUUCACGGGGCACGAACACAGACUUGCACACCGGCAUGUCGUCCUUCUCCGAGUCGGCCCUGGAGAAGAAGCUGACGGAGCUGAGCAGCUCGCAGCAGAGCGUCCAGACUCUGUCUCUGUGGAUCAUCCACCACCGCAAACACUCGGGCCUCAUCGUCAAAGUGUGGCACAGAGAGCUGAAGAAAGCUAAAAGCACCAGGAAGCUGACGUUCCUGUAUCUGGCCAACGAUGUCAUCCAGAACAGCAAGAAGAAAGGACCAGAGUUCACCAAAGACUUUGAGACUGUCCUCGUUGAUGCCUGCUCACAUGUUGCCAGAGAAGCAGACGAGAACUGUAAAAAGCACAUGGAGAGACUGCUGAACAUCUGGAAGGAGAGGAGCCUCUACAGAGGCGACUUCAUUCAGCAGCUCAAACUGGCCAUUGAAGAUUCAAACAGCCCCAGGCCCUCAGAAGAGAAGAAGCCUGUGAAACGAAGCUAUCAGAAGAUCCAGGAAGACGAAGAAGAUGAAGACGACGACUACAGAAGCCACAACUCUCCUCGCAACACAGACACCGCUGCAACUCAACUGACAGAAGAGCUGGUGAAGGCUCUGCAGGAUUUGGAGAACGCUGCGUCAGGUGACGCAGCAGUUCGUCAGAAGAUCGCCUCGCUGCCGCAAGAAGUCCAGGACGUUUCCCUGCUGGAGAAAAUCACCGACAAGGAUGCAGCAGAUAAGCUGUCGAAGACGGUGGAUGAAGCUUGUUUGCUGCUGGCAGAGUACAACGGCCGACUGGCUGCAGAGCUGGAGGACCGGAGGCAGCUGGCCCGCAUGCUGACUGAAUACAUCAGCAGCCAGAGGGAGGCACUCAUGGAGAGAGAGAAGAAACUCGAGGAGUAUAAGCAGAAACUGGCCAGGGUGACGCAGGUUAGGAAAGAGCUAAAGUCCCACAUCCAGAGUCUACCUGACCUCUCCCUCCUGCCCAAUGUGACCGGGGGUCUGGCCCCGCUCCCCUCGGCCGGAGACCUCUUCUCCACCGACUGAGAGGUCUCUGCCCAGACGAACUGCUCCCCUGCCCCUCCCCACCUAAACCCAGAUCCUUGGUUGAUUCACAAAAUACUUCUAGCUCUGUCUCCGGCCAGAGGACACGUGGUCAAACCUGCAGGACGAGAGGGAGGAUGAGCCAUCAGAAGGAUGGUUUGGUGAGAUCGAAACGCUCUGCAGAGAACAGAGACUCUGUCAGCCUGGAUUUUUCCAGCACUCGCUCGAUAGACAAGGAUUCCACUCCACCAGCUUGGAAAGAGAUUGUUUCCUGUUUGUUUUUAUUUUUUAUUUUUAACGCUGGAAAUGUCAGUGAUCUAGGAGGAGGGGCAGGGUAAAGAAGCAAAGCUUAGACAGACAUAGUAAAUGUUGUUUGUCAGAACAUGUCAUUUAAAGUGGUAUAUUUUGGAUUCAGCAAGCAAAGGUGGGCUCUCACAAUGCUCAGAGAUUGUGACUACACUGUGAAGAGGAUGUACCAUUUGUUAGUUUUAUUUUUUUGCUUUCAGUUUGGGGCUUUUUACCGACAUAUAGUCUGAUAGGUGGUUUUGAUGUGUGUGUUACAAACAGAGAAGAUUGGGAUUGGGAUCAGUGCACGUUGCGUUUUGGUUGCCUCACAAACACUCAUGGUUGUUACUCAGCACACUCAAAUCAGUAACACUGAUAGUUUUCAUGUCCCUGUUCCUGAGCGUUUGUUUGCGAUUCAGCAUGCCCGUUUGUUUUCUUGCUUUAAUUAGGAAAGAUGCUUGAAAUUUGGAAAAGAUAAUGUUUCUAAGUGUGUACUAGACAAGGUUUGAGUUUUACAAAACAAGUCCUGGAAGUCUGAAGAAUCAAUUAAAGUUUGUUUUUCAAUAAUAAAAAAAAAAUCUGAAACCCUAAAACUAUUUUUCUGAGAGCAAAAAAGGCAAGAGGCAAAAAAACUUGGAAAAAAGUGUUAAAAUAUUAUUAAUGUGAGUAGAGCUGGGCAAUAUGGAAAUAAAGAAAUACCAAGAUGAGAUGAGACAUGAGAUUUCUAUGUCACAACAUGUAAAACCAAAACAGGCUAAUGUGAAGUGGACUGGUCAUUAUAAGCUACCAUUUCAAGUGUUAAAGAAAAUUGAUUCACAACAUUAAAUUCACACAAUGCUAAUAAGCUGAUAAAUAAUAAUUUAUACAUAUUGCUCAGUCCUACCUGUGUGUAGACACCCAGUGAUUAAAUAUUUUACUAAAAAGUAGCAGCAACAUACUCACCUCUGCAGUCCCUUUCUCAGGUUUCUUUUUUAAGAUGAGGUGACAAAUCCCAUUGCAAAUCCCUUCAUUGAGAUAUUAACAGGAAGUCAGGAAGUGUGAGUUAUUCCCCAAAUCAUUUUAGUACAACAGUUCUGUCAAGGCCACAACAGUAUGUAUUAUUUGUUUAGCUCACAUUUGGUUUUAAGUUGUCUGUAUACAGAAAGGAUUUGAGAAGUUUUAUGAUCAAAGGUCAGAGAUUUGUACUUGGAUCACGGCUCUUACUGCUGGAGUGUUUUCUAAAGUUAAUGAAGAUUACAGUUGCUAUAACUUCUUGUUGAUACAAGAAAUGCUGCUGCAAAUCCUUUUCAGUAAACUCUCAGAUCGAUUGGUCCGUUGUCUCCUGGCAACAUUUUUUAAAUGGCUAUAAAAAAAAAACCCAGCAGCAUCAACAGUGUUUGUUAAACCAAAGGUGUAAACGUAGUCAUGACAUUGGUGCAGUCACAAUUUGGGCCUGUUGACACAUUAUUUGGUUCAGUCUUAAUUAAAAUUAUAUUUCAAAAGCAAAUUAAAGACAUGUUUAAUACAAUCACUGUAUGCCAGGAAGGAUGUCAGCAACAUUUUGCCCCAUGUGUGCUUCACUGUAGAAAUUAGUUAGUUUUCUUACCUACUUGCUGUGUGGUAUCUUUCUCUCUGCAGAAUCAUACUGUACUGCCAGGACUCUGCCAGUAGGGUGGAGUUUUUCUGUAAUGAAAGUGAUUCAGUGGAUGCCAAUAAACUGGAACCAUUUGAACAAA